AUGCAUUCAACUCUUGUCGGGAUAUGCUUCUGGUUGCUUCUCUGUGUCUUCUUUAGCCUUCUCGUCUUAGUGUCCUCUGGUGGUCCUGCAGAUGAGAGGAAAGCGUUUAGUUUGGAGGGAAUCACUGUGGGAAAAGCAGAGAGACUAUACGAUUUGCAGGCAGGGGAAGUUAGUGGUGUUCAUUCUGGUUUACCUCGGUGCGUGAAACUGGGCGACAGUGAGCCUCUGGCCUUGCACUCAGAGGGGGACGUUGUCAUUGGGGGGUUUUUCCCUCUGCAUUUUGUGGCCCCUGUGCCACAGCACAACUACCACAGCAAACCCAAAAUCACACCGUGCAGUGGCUUUGACUACAGAGCCUUCCGCUGGAUGAUGACUAUGGUGUUCGCGGUGGAGGAAAUUAACCGCAACUCAAGCCUGUUGCCAGGUCUGAAGCUAGGCUACCGGAUCAUGGACAGCUGUGACCACGUCCACACUAGCCUGCAAGCUCUCUUUUCUCUGAUCAGUUACUCCAAGGCUGCAACAAAGGAGAUAGCAUGUCUGUCUGCAUCUCCUGUGCCUGCUGUGAUCGGCCUCGCGUCUUCUUCCCCCACAAGAGCUGUAGCUGACACUCUUGGUCCUUUUAACAUCCCACUGGUCAGCUAUUUUGCCACUUGUACCUGUCUUACUAACAAGCGCAUGUACCCGUCUUUCUUGCGAACCGUGCCGAGUGAUCUCUUUCAAGUUAGAGGCCUUGUCCAACUGGUCACUUUCUUGGGCUGGUUCUGGGUGGGCACAAUAGGAACCACGGAUGACUACAGUCACUACGGAAUCCAAGCUUUCACAAAUCAGUUUAGACAACAGGGUGGGUGUGUGGCAUUUCACCUCACUCUCCCCAAAUCGCCAACAGUAGACGAGAUACGAGAAAUGGCAGACAAGCUGCAGAGUUCAACUGCACGGGUCACGGUGGUCUUUGCAACAGAGGGGCAGCUCCUGGAUCUGCUCUUGGAGCUUGCUCGGAGAAAUGUGACAGGGAUACAGUGGGUAGCUAGUGAAGCCUGGGUGACUGCUAGCCUGCUGACCUCACCCCAAUUCCACCCGCUCUUAGAGGGAACACUGGGCUUCUCCUUCCCCGGAGUCAGGAUCCCCGGCCUGAAGGAGUUCCUUCUGAGUGUCCGUCCUUCUCCCAAACCUGGGAUGGAAUUUGUCAACAUAUUUUGGGAGGAGCAGUUUGGUUGUAAGCUGGGAUUCAGUGGUCCUGUGUGUACCGGAUCGGAGGAUCUGAGGCUCUCCGAUAGCAGCUACACUGAUGUGUCUCAGGUCAGAAUCUCCUAUAACGUGUAUAAAGCUGUAUAUGCCAUCGCCCACGCUCUGCACACUUUACUGAACUGUGAUUCUGCAGAACCUAACGUGAGAUUAUGUGAGAAGCACAAAUCGUUUACAUCUGGGCAGUUGUUGCAUCAUUUGAAGGCAGUGAAUUUCAGCAACCAGUUCGAUGAGAAAGUGUAUUUCGACUCUAACGGAGAGCCAGUCCCCCUCUAUGACAUAAUUAACUGGCAGAAGAACAGCAAGAAUGAAAUAAGAUUUAUCAAAGUGGGAAGCUAUGACGGUUCAGCUGCUCUGGGGCAACAGUUGAAGAUAGAGCAGAGGAACAUCGUAUGGACAAAAGGACAGUCAGAGGUGCCAGUAUCUCAGUGUACUGCUCCGUGUCCCCCUGGCAGCAGACAGGCCAGACGUCCAGGAGAGCCCCACUGCUGCUUUGACUGUUUGCCCUGUGCAGACGGAGAGAUCAGCAACCAGACUGGUUCCACUGAGUGCACAAAAUGCCUUGAGUACUACUGGUCGGACAAAGAGAGGGUGAAAUGUGUCGCAGGGGUCGAAGAGUUUCUGUCUUUCUACGACACCAUGGGCAUCAUCCUGGUGGCACUGACCCUGCUGGGCGUCCUCCUGACCACUGCCAUCACCGUUGUCUUCCACUGCUUUCGCUCCACACCCAUCGUCAAGGCCAACAACUCAGAAAUAAGUUUCCUGCUUCUGCUGUCAAUCAAGCUCUGCUUCCUGUGUUCCCUGGUGUUCAUCGGCCAGCCGUCGGUGUGGACGUGUCGACUUCGCCAGGCGGCAUUUGGCGUCAGCUUUGUCCUCUGUCUCUCCUGCCUGCUCGUUAAGACCAUAGUGGUUCUGUUGGCUUUCCGGGCUAACGUGCCUGGUUCCAGGGCUCUGAAGCUGUUUGGUCCAUCUCAACAAAGGGCUAUGAUCCUCUGCACUACAGCACCUCAGGUUGGUGAAAUAUAUGUAACUUUUACUAAAUUUAAUGCCAUUUAUGACUAUGUAUUUGUUGUCUGUCUUUCUACCUUCCCCUCAGAUUUGUCUUUGUGCUGGCUGGCUGCUGGGCGCACCUCCUUUCCCAUUCAGGAACCCGGCCUACCAAGCCACAACUGGAAAAUUGCAAUUGUUCUGGAGUGUAAGGAACCAUGGCCUCCUGGAUUUUAUCUCGUCCUUGGCUACAUCGGACUGCUGGCCUUCGCCUGCCUUCUUCUGGCGUUUCUUGGACGGAAGCUGCCCGAUACAUUCAACGAGGCAAAGCUCAUCACCUUCAGCAUGCUGAUAUUCUUGGCCGUCUGGAUCUCUUUCAUCCCGGCUUAUGAACAGAAGGGGCGAUUGAAGCUUUCUACCAACACUGUUGCAGCCAUGCCACUGCUGGCUGCAAAGCUUAUUAUUUUUCUUUCUCUUAUUAUUUGCAAACCUGACUCAUCUGCUGCCGGGGAUGCUUGUGUUUUCUUGGGAGAGGAGGAGAGAAAUAGUCUGUACGAAGAUGGAGAUGUGGUUGUAGGAGGGUUAUUCCCUCUACAUUACAGCCCAGAGUCUUCUGUUACAACUUACAAAGCAAAACCAACACCAUAUAUGUAUAAUUUCAGCUCUCGAGCCUUACGCUGGAUGCAGACUAUGACAUUUGCGAUCAAAGAGAUCAACCAGCGUGGGGAUCUCCUGCCACAGCUCAAGCUAGGCUUCCACAUCCGUGACAGCUGUAACGACAUACCCGUGUCUCUGAGAGCGUCUUUUCUGCUGGUGAAUGGGCAGCCGGAGAGAGGCCUCAAAACUCAGAGUGUCGACGGAGACAACAGUCUAGAAAAAAACUAUUCAGGUUGCGCUGCCGUGAACAGAACUGUGUCCCGGGUAAUCAUAGGGGAUGCCAGCUCUGGCGUCUGUAUGAAUCUGCUACGAAGUCUGGGUUCUUUCCAUAUCCCUCUGGUGAGCUAUUUUGCAUCCUGCAGCUGCCUGAGUAACCAAAAGGAGUUUCCCAGCUUCAUGCGGACCAUGCCUAGUGAUGCCUUCCAGAUAAGAGCCCUGGCUCAGCUGGUUAAAUAUUUCGGCUGGACCUGGGUCGGGAUCAUUGGCGUGGAGUCUGAUUACGCCAGUUUUGCCAUUCAGCUCUUCCUUAGGGAGUCAGUGCGGUACGGUGUGUGCACGGCCUACGCUCAUUUGUACCCCAUGGUGCUCAGUCAGGAGGCCCUAGAUGACCUGCUGGAAGUUAUACAGACGGCGUCCUCUAAAGUCAUCAUCAACUUUUCUAGCGAGUCGGAGAUGAAAAGCAUCCUGAGAGAGAUCCAGCGUCGGAACAUAACCGGACUGCAGUGGAUUGCCAGCGAGGCCUGGUCCACGGCCUCGUCGCUGUGGGAAAACUCUGGGAACCUCCUGAAGGGAACGCUAGGAUUCGCCAUCCAGAGAACAGACACGAUUCCGGGCCUGAAGCAACACCUCACCAGCCUCACCCCGUCCACUAUUCAUGAAUCAGCCUUCUUGGCAGAAUUUUGGGAAGAGACGUUUAAGUGUCGACUAAACGGCUCAGUGAACAGCCACUCUCAUGGUGAUGAGAGCUACUUCGACAGACCGCCGUGUAACGGGAAGGAGGAUUUAGAUGACGUUUACUCUCCGUAUUCUGACAUGACACAGUUAAGGGUUUCCUAUAAUGUCUACAAAGCUGUAUAUUUGGUGGCUCAUGCCUUGCACGACAUGAGUAAUUGCAAGGUUGGAAAGGGGCCUUUUGCUAAUCAAACCUGUGCAGACCCCAAAAAUUUUAAACCUUGGCAGCUGAUCCACUAUAUGAAACAAGCAAAUUUUUCUGCACUGGGGGAAAGAGUCAACUUUGAUCAAAACGGUGACCCCAUCGCAUAUUAUGAUCUUGUGAACUGGCAGACGAGGCCUGAUGGCUCUCUGCAAUUGGUCAAGGUGGGUUUCUUUGAUGCCUCAAUGCCCACUGAACACAGCCUCGUCAUAAAUGACUCCAGGAUCCAGUGGCCCGUCGGCAAGCAGGCUUCCCGGUCUGUAUGCAGCGACAGUUGUCCUCCAGGUUUUCGCGUUGCCAGGAGAAAGGGGGAACCCAUCUGCUGUUACGACUGCGUUCCCUGCACUGAGGGAGAAGUUAGUAAGAAGAAUGAUUCAUUGGAGUGCUCACACUGCCCUGAGAACACGUGGUCCAACGAAGCCCGAGAUCUUUGCAUCCCGAAGGCGAUCGAGUACCUGUCUUACCACGAGUUAAUGGGCAUUCUGUUGUGUGCUGCGUGUGUUCUCGGAGCCUGCAUUUCCAUUUUCAUCCUCGCCAUAUUCAUCACUUACAAAGACACGCCUCUGGUUCGGGCCAACAACAUGGAACUGAGCUUUCUUCUCUUGGCGUUCCUCGCCAUCUGUUUCCUUGUCGGCCUGCUGUUCAUUGGUGAGCCUUCAGACUGGCUUUGCCGCAUCAGAUAUCCAGUAUUUGGUAUCAGUUUCGCGCUCUGUAUCUCAUGCCUCCUGGCCAAGACCACAGUGGUUCUGAUGGCAUUUAGGUCCACAUUGCCAGGAAGUAAUGCCAUGAAGUGGUUUGGUACCAACCAGCAGAGAGCCAGUGUGCUCUUGGGAACCGCCGUCCAGGUCAUCAUCUGUAUUAUCUGGCUGCUCACUAGUCCGCCCCAUGCCAACAAUAACACCAAUUACUACAGUGCCACCAUCAUCAUGGAGUGUGUGACUGGUUCAGAAGUUGGCUUCUGGUGUGUUCUUGGAUACAUCGGCGUUUUGGCCUGCAUGUGCUUCCUAAUGGCUUUCUUGGCACGAAAGCUGCCCGAUAAUUUUAACGAAGCCAAGUUCAUCACCUUCAGCAUGCUGAUAUUCUUUGCCGUGUGGAUUACUUUCAUUCCAGUUUACGUGAGCACGGCUGGAAAAUACACGGUGGCUGUCCACAUCUUCGCUAUCUUAGCCUCAGGUUUCGGACUUCUUUUUUGCAUCUUUGCGCCAAAGUGCUAUAUCAUAAUUCUGAAACCAGAAAAAAACUGCAAGAAAAGCAUGAUGAAAAGGUGA